AUGCCACAAACAGCACCAGUACUCGUCACCGGCGCCGCCGGCGCAGUCGGGGGAGUAGGCCGACACGUCGUCACCCUCCUCCGAGCCUCCAACAUUCCCGUCCGAGCAGUGGUGCGCCGAGACGACGACCGCGCCGCCCAGCUCCGCGACCUAGGCGCAGAGGUCGUGAUCGCCGACCUCUCCAAAUCCGAACAAGUCUUCCCUCUCCUUGCGGGAUGCAAGCGUAUUUUCUUCAGCACGAGCGUCUCGUCCCAGUACCUCGAGUCGACUAUGGUCAUGGCGGCGUCGGCGCGGGCUCAGGGCGAUAUCGAGCUGCUUGUCAACAUGUCCCAGAUGACGGUCUCCGAGAUCGAUCUGACGCAUGUCACCGAGUCGCCGCAGCAUAGACUGCAAUUCCUGAGCGAGCAGGCGCUGAACUGGUCCGGUGUGCCGGUGACGCAUUUACGGGCGACAGCGUUUCAGGAGAAUCCACUGUUUUGGGGGUUUGCAGCCAAGAGCAUUGAGACGACCGGGACGGUGAGCAUGCCGUUUGGGAAGAGCCGGGUGAACCCCAUUGCUGCAAAGGACGUGAGUGAAGUCGCUGCGACGGUUCUAAUGAAUCCCUCGAAAUAUGCGGGCCAGGUUCUGGAGUUGACGGGCCCGAAAUCGGCCGAUAUGUACGGCGUUGUCGCGGAGUAUUCCACCGCAUUGGGCCGGGAGAUCUCCUACGUGCCAGUGACAUUGGACGAGUGGAAAGAGAUGGCUCAGAAGAGCACUGGCUCGGACCACACGGAUCAUCAUAUCAUGACCAUGGCCAAGUUACAUGCUGAGGGGCGGUAUGACAGGUAUACGGAUUCCGUCAAGGAGAUCCUGGGCCGGCCGGCGACGAGUCUCUCCGAGACCAUCAAGAAUGACCGGAGCCACUUUCCAGUCAGCUGA